AUGGCGACAACACUCCCCGCUGAGCUUCUUUCUCUCAUUUUCCAACAUGCGCAUGAAAUCUCUCCCCUGGCCACGGUGAACUGCCGCACACACGUGGCAGCGGCAGUCUGCCACCGCUGGCGGGCAGUCGCGUUGGGCAACCCGUUGCUAUGGCGGGACAUCCAUAUCCAGCGGACUGUCGACGGGCACAAGCGCAGGCCGCAAGGUUUACGCGACCUGCUCGGUCUUCAACUUCAACGCUCUGGCCAGAUCACGCUCAGAGUUCGCUUUGCUUAUCCAGACUCGGAUAUAGCGGUCUUCAAACUACUUCUGACGACGACGGACCGGUGGGCGGUACUUGACAUCGAGCUCACCGGGGCCCAGCGGUCUCUCCUCAUGGCAUACCCCGCGGUGUUUCCAAGCCUCGUGACGCUCACACUGCGUCACGUUUCCACUCUCAACCUAGGUGGGCUGUCCUUCGCGCCACACGUCACCGACGUCCGCAUUCUGGGGCCGAUCACGCCGCUCCCGGCGGCACUCCCGUGGGACAGCGUGACGCGCUGCAUCCUCCUGUACAUCAACACCGAAGAAGCACUUGCAGUCCUGAACACAGCGGCAGCCCUCCAGGCCUUCUGCGUGAGUGCCGGCUCGGGUGUCCCGCCGGGGCUGGGCCCGCUACCGCCACUGUGCACUGCACCGGCUCUGCGCAGCCUGCGGAUCACCCGCUCCUUGGAGGAGUUCGUGUCUAGCCUGCUCGGCAAGCUGGCCGCUCCCGAUCUGCAAUCGCUCAUGCUCGACACACUUGACGUCCCGGCACACGUGCUCUCGCCGCUCCUCCGCACCUUCAUCUCCGCUUCACCUGGACUUACAUCCCUCUCCCUCACCCGUGUUUCGCUCUCUGAGCCCGACCUUAUCGCCCUCCUGCCUCUGCUCCCCGCGUUGACCCGCCUCGCCGUCGUCUGGCCAGCCGAUGUCCAUACCCGCUCUCUCAUUGGGGCGCUGACACUCACCGGCCUUGCGCGCACAAGUUGGCUGCCACAUCUGACCGACCUAACGCUCGUUGGCGGGCUGUCGGUCCCCGACACACUCCUGUUCGCAAUGCUCCACAGCCGCCGGAAGACGUUGAAAAGGGUGGGGUUAUUUUACGCGGGAAGAACCUUCUUUUUCGACCGGUCGCUGGACGGGUUAAGGGCGGGUGGGAUGACGGUGGAUAUGAACUUUGAGGUGACGCCGGGAAGCGAGUACAAAGAUGAUACUGUGGAAAUUGAGGAUGAGGACCCAGACGAGCCGAACAUGGACCUGUAA